GAAGUGGUCCCAUUCAGCUGUGGCAGUUUCUGCUGGAGCUCCUCACAGACCGCAGCUGUCAGUCCUGUAUCAGCUGGACAGGAGAUGGGUGGGAGUUCAAGCUGACGGACCCUGAUGAGGUGGCCCUGCUGUGGGGUCAGAGGAAGAACAAACCCAAGAUGAACUAUGAGAAGCUAAGCCGCGGCCUACGAUACUACUACGACAAGAACAUCAUCCGCAAGACGGCUGGCAAGCGCUACGUUUACCGCUUUGUCUGCAACCUGCAAGGCCUACUGGGAUAUGAGCCCGGGGAGCUGCACGCCAUGUUGGACAUCAGUAGCAAGAACCACUAA